GUACGCACACAGCAAGGAGCUGGUGACUGCCUGGUACAUUGGCUUCCUGGUCCUCAUCUUCUCCUCCUUUCUGGUCUACCUUGUGGAGAACAAGUUCAACAGCGAGUUUGCCACCUAUGCUGAUGCCUUAUGGUGGGGAACGAUCACCUUGACAACCAUUGGUUACGGGGACAAGACCCCGAAGACAUGGACCGGCCGUAUGCUCUCAGCUGGGUUUGCUCUACUGGGCAUCUCUUUCUUUGCCCUGCCAGCGGGUAUACUGGGCUCAGGCUUUGCCCUGAAGGUCCAAGAGCAGCACAGACAGAAGCACUUUGAGAAGAGGAGGAAUCCAGCCGCUUGUCUCAUCCAGUGUGUUUGGCGUAGUUAUGCGGCUGAUGAGAACUCGGUUUCCAUUGCUACCUGGAAGCCUCAUUUGAAGGCGUUGCAUACCUGCAGCCCUACAAAGAAGGACCAGGGUGAAUCCUCCACAAGUAAAGUUCUCAGUAGUAAGCAGAAGCUACUGAGGAGGUGUACCCUACGGAAACAUACUAGCCAGAAGUUGAGUUUCAAAGACCGUGUCCGAAUGGCGAGCCCCAGGGGGCAGAGUAUUAAGAGCCGGCAGACGUCGGUGAGUGACCGGCGGUCCCCGGGGACUGAGGCUGGGGGUACGGAGGGAACCAGCCCUGCCAAGGUCCAGAAGAGCUGGAGCUUCAAUGACCGCACCCGCUUCAGACCCUCCCUCCGCCUCAAGAUCCAAUCACGCUCCACUGCCGAUGCUGACUCUAACAUGACCACUGAGGAUGGUUUCGGUGAUGACAAGGGCUGUCACUGUGAGAUCUCUGUGGAGGACCUGCUGCCUUCCGUCAAGUCUGUCAUCCGAGCCGUCAGGAUAAUGAAGUUCCACGUGGCCAAGAAGAAGUUCAAGGAGACGUUGCGUCCGUACGAUGUGAAGGACGUCAUAGAGCAGUACUCCGCCGGACACCUGGACAUGCUUUGUCGCAUCAAGAGUCUGCAGACACGGCUGGACAUGAUAGUGGGGCCCCAGCCCCUGAGCAGCCGAGCCAAGACCUUUUCCUCUCCCUCCCUGCCCAUGUAUUACAGCCAGGGCAGAAAGAACUCCACGCAGGGAGUGGACCAGAUCCUGGGUAAAGGCCAGGUUCCUCUGGAUAAGAAGAUCCGGGACAAGCUGCUGUCUGAUGGAGACCUGCUGGAGGACAUGAGUAUGCUGGGUCGUGUCUGCAAAGUGGAACGGCAGGUCCAGUCUAUUGAGUCGAAGCUGGACUCCCUGUUGGACAUCUACCGGCAUGUGUUACGUAAAGGCUCCUCCUCUGCCCUCACCCUCUCCUCCUUGCCUCUGUUCGAGCUGGAGCAGACCUCAGACUACCAGAGCUCUAUCCUCUUCAAGGACCACUCCACCUGCUCUACCCAGGUCAGCAGCACCGGAGGUGGGCCAGGGAUAGAGGGCCAAGGGGGGUGCGUGACCCGCUCCUCCACCAACGCCUCAAACCUGUCCCGGGGACUUCACCUUAUCCUGGCGCCGUCCACCGAGCUCAGCCUCAACCUCAACACUGGCACCUCCUCGCCUUCUACCGGUGGGCCCCCGCCCUCCUCGUUCAGUCCGUCGCCCCUUCCUCAACACCACCAUCAUCAUCAUCAUCAUACCCUGCCGGAAAGUGGGGAACCAGUCCAUAGAGGAAGUUCUUCUCACUCACCUCCUAUUCUUACUCCUAAUUGUGUAUCUGGAGGUGGGGGGUUUCCUACUCUGGCCAGGCCCCCACCACCUCCUCCCCAGCCCAGCCGGACGGUGGGUCACUCCAGGCCGGAGAGGGAGAGGGAGAUGGUGAUGGAGGUGGGUGACUUCUGUGGAAGCCCGGAGGAGAGGGAGGAUGGUGAUGUGUUAGGCCCAGAACAAGGCCUCAGAAUCGGGAGGCUGGGGCAGCCAAGAGGGGGGUCCAGUGGGAACAGCAAUGCCAAAGCAGAGGGAUCCUGGAGGAGACGCACGAGCCUGGAGAUGGAGCCCCUGGUACCCCUCUCUUCUGCUCUGGGAGGAGGAGGCCGCUGUUCCUCUGGCUCCAACCCCAGCCAGGUGGACCGAAGCCUGGGCAAGUCCAUGUCCAUCCAAAACCAGGGGCAGGGGGGGUCAACCACCUCCAGGGCGCUGGAUAGCCACCACCAUCCUAGCCUCAGCCUCUCCUCUCCCAGCCCCUGCAGCAGCAAUUCCCCCACAGGCUCCCACAGUAGUCAGGACCCUGGGGGAGGGGGCGGCGGGGAUGGCUGGGGGGAGGAGGACCUCUUUAUCAGCGACAGGGACGUGGAUGCCCUCCCUCUACCCCCCGAGGCUCAAGGUGGAGCUUUUGGCUUUGACUUCCUGUCCCAGGGGACAGCCGACGCAACCUCUUACUCGUCAGAGCUACUGAGGACAGACCCGGGGCUUGGGGCGGGGUUAAGUGCUCUGGCAGGGUUCAAUAGGAGCCUGGCGAGUGCGAGCGGGAACAUGUCAUCGCCCCCCUCAGUCGGGAGCACCGAGUCCCUGAGCAUGCCGCACGUACGGCUAAAAUAAGACACACCCCCGUGUCGUAUGGACCAAUCAAAAAACCUCACCUUACAGAGAAGCUCUUUAUUCUAUUUUGGGAGGGGGGAGGGGGAACAGGGAGGGACUAUAAUGGUUAUUUCUGUUUAUUUUUUUAUGUUGAUUCAUUUGAUAAAAAGCAUAGUAUUUUUCAUACAUGUCGACGAUACAUGAACAUAUCAUUGCAUGAAUUAUUCUUUUUUUAAAGUACGGUUGAAGAAAUCGAAACAAAGAAAACAAAGAAGGUAUAAUAAAGAGAGAGAGAGAGGUGUAUAAAAAAGAGACUGAAUAAGAGGUUGUGUGUAUAUAUAUAUAUAUAAAUAUAUAUAUAAAGAAACAAGCAAAACUUGAUCCUGAAAGACGAUGGAUUGAUCUGUGAUCUCGAAACUGCAUGAGCACUGCAUGUUUUCAGUCCAAAUGUUAUGGUAUUACCCAUAAGUCUUACAUUCAUUAACACAGGAAGUUGUUGAUGCCUAUAGGCCUUAGGGCAAAACCCUUCUAGAAAACUUUUCCUUCAUUUUAAUACACAUAAUCAUGUACAGUAAAAGUUCAAGUGUGGGGCCUCCUAACUUACAAGACGGGGCAAGUUAAAUGGGGCAGGUGAAAUGCUUACAAGUUAAAUGGGGAAAGUUAAAUGCUUACAUGAACCCAAUAUCAUACUGUUAUCCAAAGCUUCUGAGGCAGCCAUCUUGAAAUGAAUGUUGCCUCAACACGACCAAGUUUUUCAGCCACAUCAGUUCCCUAUAAUAGUUUCUCAUUUGAGAGACUAUUGUGGACGUACAAUGGCACAAAACACCCCUCAUUGCAAUGACAGACUUGGCAAGUCCAGGUCAAUACAAGUUUGAGGUAAAUUAAAUUCUGCCAACCGGUCUCUCACACACACACACACACACACACACACACACACACACACACACACACACACA